AAUGGAACUCAUAGAGUAAGGGUGAGGUGUAAAAGUGGAUGUCCAUGGUUGUUGUAUGUUAGCAAGGAAGGUAGAAGUAAGAACUUCACUAUCAAGACCUACAGCCCAAGGCACAAUUGCACAAGGAAGAACACUAAUUUCCUUUGUAGUUCAAAAAUUUUAUCAAAGUUUUUGAAAGAUAGGAUUAUCUCACAGCCUAGGAUUAAAGGCUGGGAAAUUCAAGAUUGGGUAAGCAAAGAUGAGUGUUUAUGUAGGCAAGGCAGUGUAUUUAAAGACAAGAAAAAUGGUGUUGAAAGAGGUUAUGGGGGACCAUGUUGCUGAAUUUAAUAGAAUUCUAGACUACAAGGAUGUGUUGCUGCAAACAAAUCCUAGCAGCACUUGUCUUGUUAGGCUGACUGGUGGAGAAAAUGGGAUGAAAUAGCCUAUCUUUCUACAUAUGCUUUGCUGCUAUGAAAAGGGGUUUCCAGCCACGGUGCAGGAAGUGUAUAGGGCUGGAUGGGACAUUUUUAAAGGGAAUUUGUAAAGGUCAACUGUUGGCAGCUGUUGGUAAAGAUGGAAACAAUCAAAUGUUUCCAAUUGCAUGGGCAGUAGUUGGUACUGAAAGCAAGGAUACAUGGAGAUGGUUCAUGAUGAUUUUGAGAGAGGAUCUGAACUUAGGAGCUGGUUCUCAAUUAGUUAUCAUCAGUGAUAUGCAAAAGGGACUAAUAUCUGCUUCUGAAGAAAUUUUUCCUGAAUGUGAGCACAGGAUGUGUGCUAGGCACAUCUUAGCAAAUUGGUCACAAAGCUGGAGAGGCAUGGAGAGAAGGAAGAGAUUCUGGGGUUGUGCUAGAGCAACAUUUUAGGCAAAUUUUAAGCACAAGCUUGAUGGUCUAGCCAGGUUGGGUAGAGGUAUUGUAGAGGACCUCAUCAAGUACAACAAAGAGAAAUGGUGCAAAGCAUACUUUCAAACUUUCUCCAAAUGUGACAGUGUGGAUAAUAACAUGGCAGAAAGUUUCAAUGCAUGGAUCUUGGGACCAAGGCAUAAGACUAUUAUUUCAAUAUUGGAAGAAAUCAGAAUUAAGGUGACGAACAGAAUUUCUAAGUCAAGAGCAUUUGCUGAAACAUGGACAUAUGAUAUAUCUCCAAUGGCAAUGAUGGUGUUCAAUGUCAAUGUAGAGAGAUCAAUGCAAUGUAACAUUGAUUGGAAUGGUGAUGAAGGAUUUGAAGUGUUAGAAGGGUCAUAUUGGCAUACUGUGAAUUUGGGACAAAAGAAGUGUAGCUGCAGAUCAUGGGAACUGAAAGGUAUCCCAUAUGCCCAUGCUAUUGCAUCAAUGAACCAUCUGAAUAUGGAUUCAUCACAAGAAAUUUCAAGCUGAUACAGAAAAGAGACAUAUUUGAAAUCUUAUUCUAGCUUUAUUCAACUAGUUCCAAACAUGAAAAUGUGGCCAAAGAGUACAAAUCCAAUUGUGGAGCCACCUGAAGUGAGAAAGAUGCCUGGUAGACCUCCUAAGAACAAAAAAAAAAAAAAGAGGUUGGAGAAGUGAGAAAAGCUGGUAAGUUGCCUAAGUAUGGGAUAACAAUGACAUGUUCAAUCUGCAGAGGAGCCACUGAUAACAAAAGGGGCUGUCCAAAAAAUCCUAUGCCUAAGACCAAAUCAAGACCCACA